AUGGUUGACUACGUCGCAAAUAACGGUAAAUUCGUAUAUUUGCAGCAUCUAAAUGAAAUCUAUCUGUCAAUCUAUUAUUUGAUUCAUAUAUCUCUCUGUCUAUCCAUCUAUCUAUCGUUCGUUUUAUCUAUCUAUCUCUAUCUAUCAAUCAUUCGAUUCAUAUAUCUAUCUAUAUAUCUAUCUAUCAUUCGAUUUUUCUAUCUAUCUAUCUAUCUAUCUAUCUAUUAUUCCAUUCAUCUAUUUGUCUAUCAUUCGAUUAUUCUAUCUCUCUCUCUUUCUCUCUCUCUAUCUAUCAUUCGAUUCAUCUAUCUAUCUAUAUAUCAAUCAUUCGAUUCAUCUAUUUGUCUAUCAUUCGAUUCUUCUAUCUCUCUCUCUCUCUCUAUCUAUCUAUCUAGCUAUCAUUCGAUUCUUCUAUCUAUCUAUCUAUCUAUCUAUCUAUCUAUCUAUCUAUCUAUCUGUCCAUAUAUGUUCUUCAAUAAUUAUAGUUUAGUACAAAUAAAACUGUUAUUAACAAUACCUUUCUUUACAACAGAUUUUUUUCUUAUUGUCUAG